UACCCGCCAACCGCCAUGCCGUGCCCAUGCGUUCUAUUGUUCCGUCUCUGACCAUCGAAGUAGUUUGAUAGGUUACGUUGUUGCAGUCGGGUGUGUUUUAUUCUUUGACAUAAGAAACAGUCAAUUGGAACUAUAGCGAGCUUCGAAGGACUUGCAGUUUGUGUUAACCUGAAUCCGUUUGCAGAGUUAUUAGUAUUUGCGGCGUAUAAACCGUCUACGUGAUUUAGUUUUCUGUUUACUGCACGGUGAACACAGACAUCAGUUGGGAAAUGGUCAUGGAAGCCGCCCCAAGUCCUCAAUGCGUAGGCCGUGAGUUCGUGCGGCAGUACUACACAUUGCUUAAUAAAGCACCAGCACAUCUUCAUAGGUUUUACAACAAUAAUUCCUCCUUUGUACAUGGCGGUCUAGAUGCACCCAAUAGAGAAACGACACCUGUGAUUGGACAAAAGCAGAUCCAUCAAAAAAUUCAACAGCUUAAUUUUCAUGACUGUCAUGCUAAGAUAAGUCAAGUUGAUUCUCAGGCAACACUUGGAGAUGGUGUUGUUGUCCAGGUAACAGGUGAACUGUCAAACAGUGGUCAACCAAUGCGACGUUUUACUCAAACUUUUGUUCUAGCGGCACAGGCACCAAGGCAGUAUUAUGUUCACAAUGACAUAUUUCGCUAUCAGGACAUGAUACUAAGUGAUGAAGAAGUCGAACAGGAUUCAGGUAGAUCAGAAGCUGAAGAUGAUGCUGAAUCAGAACUUCAUCCCGCCCCAGAAGUGAUACAGCCGAGAGUACAGCAACAGCCUGUGUCGCAGGCUGUGGCUUACUACAAUAGUACUGGUCCAAUACCUACCCCUGUGCCACCAACCAACACUGCACCAGCAACCACUGUACAGCCUCAGCAGCAGUUGCAACAGACAGCUCAGCAGCAGCAGCCACCCCCACAGCAGCAGGUUCCUCUGCAGCUUCCAACAUCCCAACCUUUGCAGCAGUCACAGCAGCAGUCACCACAGCUUCCAUUGCAGCAGGUAGCAUCUGGCCCAGCCUCAAUAGGGCCAACUCCUCAGGUGCUACCAGCUUCACAGCCAGUGACAGUGCCUAAUUCAGGAGCCUCUGUACCAAAUGGUACCCAUUCAGAUGAUUCGAGCUCUGGAACAGUGCAGCAGACACAGCAAGUUAUUGCACCUCAGGAGGAGGUAUCAGCCCCAGAAGUCAAUGAGGAACAUGGAACAGAUGAAGAACAUGAUGUGCAGUUGGGACAACGUGAUAGCAAUACUGCUGAUGAAGAUAAGGGACAACUUCAAGAGACUCUGGAUGAUACUCAGCAGAUUAGUGAAUCUGCAUCCAGCGAACCAAAAACAUAUGCAACACUAGUUAAAACUGGUGGAAUUGGUGUUGGUACUGCAUCAUUCUCAUCAAUAGCAACAGCUACAGGUGCUGCAGUAAAACCGACAUCAUCACCUCCUCCAAUGGUGCAGCAUGGUGUCGACUCUCAGAUGGCUGGCCUUAGUGGUCCAGGUGGUUUAUCUCAAGGUCAAAGAGGUGCACGUGCUCGUGGGGGAGGCAGCAUCCGUGGUGUUAUCCGACCAGACCGCUCUUCUGGUACUGGCAGAGGAACGUUUGGUGAUGACAAUGGAAAUGUAACAGCAGAUGCAGAUAGCCGCAGGAUUGGUACUGGGAUUAUGCAACAGUAUCCAGACUCUCAUCAGCUGUUCUUGGGAAAUAUUCCUCAUCAUGCAACUGAAGAGGAUCUAAAGGAAUUAUUUAGUGCCUAUGGACGUAUCGUAAAUUUACGAAUCCAUGCAAAACAAAAUACAGGAAACAGGCCAAACUACGGUUUCAUCAUAUAUGAAGAAGCGAGUUCUGUACAGACAUUGCUUAACAAACGGCCAAUUUACUUUCAAGAUCAGAAGCUGAAUGUUGAAGAGAAGAAGACAUCCUCAAAUAGGCUACGUGUUGACCAACAAGGGCGCUUAGGCUCGAGCGGUGACACACUGAUUGCUGGUGGUCGUGCCAACAGUGGCCUGGGAGGCCCACGAGGCGGCAUGAUACGAGGAGGUACGGGCCUUCAUCGUGGUGGGGGACGUGGUGGCUUUGGCCGAGGGGAGGGGAGAGGUGGUGGUAUGACUAGGGGUAAUUACAGACGCUAACGAGUUUAAUGUGAGAAGAGUUCUCUCUUCUGCAUCAUAUGGUUUCUCAGUUGUGGAGAACGAUCAUGUUGAGGCUUUUAAUUUUCUGAGCAGGGAUUUAUUUUGUCAUAAAAACAGUACUAUUGUUAUAUAAUUAUUUAAUGGAUUAGUAACCAAGCAAGUGACAAAUCAUUCAAGAAAGAAUGCGUAAUUUGCAACAUGCAUCGUUGGCACACUGAAGACGACCUUGACUGAAUUGCAAGCAAAGUGGUUUUUUUUUUUUUUUUUUUUUUUUGCCCUCCCCAAGACAGUCUUGCAUUUCCCUUUAAGCAUGAGUUUCCAGAGUGAACUGUUUUAAAAACUUUCUAACAUUGCAACCACUAUCGCUGUUGUGGUUUUUUUUUCCCUUUCUUUUUGGCUAAAUCAGUCUCAUCGGCGUUAUUGGUGAGAUUUGUGCAUUCAGUGUCGAGAGUUUACGUGGAAUUUUCCGACAAAACUCUACCUGUGUUUAUUUUCGUAGAUGUUGUGAGAACUGUGGAAGUGCCAAAGUGUGACUAGGACAGUGAUAGAGGCACACUUUAAAGAAUACUUUCUGAACAUUGGUGCUAAUUUUCCUUUUCUUUUAAUUACCAGUAGUUGCCUAAAGAGAAAAUUGCAUUAAUGUUAUUUGUUCAGUUCAUUUCUACAGUUUGUCAAGUUAAAGGGCAGUUCAGACACUUUUUUUCCCAGGUUCUGCCAUUUACAGUUCUGAGGGCAUUUCUGGUUAUGAAGAGGGAUGUGGAGGAACCCUCUCUUGGACUGCAGCAACUAGUCGUUCAAAUACUUCUUUUGUUGAGUGGCUUUUAACUUAAGUUUUCAUGUGAAGAAUUUUGGAGACCCUAACUUCGUAUUUGUUUGUGUAAUUAAAAUGCAGACUUGAAUCACGGUGUGUUGUGGAAACCAAGUUGUGUGUGUUGUAGGAACUUAAAGAAAUAAUGUUUUAAGAUAAAGUGAUGAUCGUACGAAUUAAACAUUUUGUGUAAGAAGAAACUGCAACAAAUGUUCCAGCAAUUCUUGACAUGUUUCAUUUCUGAUGUUAAAUACUGUCAGUGAUACAGAAAUAGUUGUAAUACUUUUAGUAUACAUUUUUCAUGUAUUUUGUAAUAUUUUUCUGCCUGAGAAUGAAUUACAUUUAUACGAUGUCUCCCUCCAUAUCUCCCUUCUGUGCCCGUCAUCUUUCCUUUAAUACUCCCUGUGAUAAUGUAAUAAUAAAAUACAAUGCAUACAGAGUUAACAAA